AUGGCGAGCCUCACUGCCGGCGGCAUCAAGUCGACGGGGGGGAUCAUCGGCGGCGACGAGUCCGCGACUGACCAGAUCAAGAACACGUGGCUGCACAUGGCGGUCGUGCAACCCUACACGUGCCUCACCAAACCAGAGCGUUUCCAGCCGGUCUAUGGCGCCACGUGCCGCGGCAAUUACAUGGCGCUGCCAGCCCCGUUCAGACCGAACAAGGACCCUGGCGAGAUCGCAUUCACAAUGCAGCUCUACACCCUGCCGAAGGAAGACGACGGUCGGCAGUUCGCUUGGAAAUGCAUCAUGUUCGAGAAGGCCACGCGGACGGACAUCGCGAAGGAGGUCUUUGUCUCUGGCACGGCGCUGACUCCCCACUGGGGAACCUCGCCCGACAAGAAGACGCCGCUGAAGCUCUUUCACUAUAUGAUGGACCGGUUGGGCGGAGUGCAGAUCCGCCACUGGGCCCAGCCGUCCGCGGCCACCGCCGCAGCCGCAGGGGCCGAUGUAUCUCACAAAGGCAAGAGGCAGGCGGAUUACCGUUACAUCGAGAAGUGCGGCCCGAGGGCCAACAACAAAAACCAGUUCGUGGAGUGGACCGACGAGAUGAUUCACGACGAGAACUCUCCGAUCUUCGGAUGGAUGGCAUCAGACGUCACGGAGUCGCUCCGCAACUACGCGUCGGGCACUGUCGGCGCGAGGACACUCGAGCGCUGGGCGGUCACUCCCAGGCGGUCUGACCCGUUCCCGUCCGACCGCAUCGUCGCCCCCAUCCUUAGGAGCCACGACGUCCAUGGGACCAUGUGGAUCGGAAAGACCAGGGUCGGCAAAUCCACAGCAUCCAAAACGAUCGGCUUCGCUAUUUCUGCCUACCAGAUCGAGAAGCACCGCCGCGCUGACCUCCGCCCGAGCGUCAUCACGGCGAAGAAGAUCGACUUCCUGCUCUUGGAGCCUGGGACCACGUUCGAGCCCGCCACCGCAGACGAUACCGUGCUGGCCAAGUGGUGGGGCGGCGCCUCUGUCGAGCAGAACAAGUCCCGCCAGAUCUGCGUCAAUCCGCAUAACGAGGAGUUCGAGGCGACGGUCAAGACCGUCAGCAGGGAGAAGGAAGAGGUAGCAGUCAGUGACUUCAUCCAGAUCAUCGACUGCAAUUUCAUCGGCGAAAAGCAGCGCAGCUACAAGAUGGCGAACGUGGAGGCGUACAUGGCGAGGUCCAACGUCGUGCUCCUCUCGCCGAACUGGGUGCACUUUCGGGCGGCAUCCACGACGAAGGAGCCAGCCCCUCGCUUUCCGCGGCCACUGCCUGCGAAGCCAGAUCUCUUCACGCCCGAGACGUGCGACAUCCUCAAGGCAUUCAAGAAAGACCAGACUCGCGCUCCAUCCGCCUACGACCAGCACAUGAGGUGGGCCGUGGCCGCCAUGAAGAAGUUAGCGCGGGGCGAGGAGCUCGGGCAGUCAUCGACGGUCCGUGGCCCCACGCUCUUCGACCAGGACGCGCCCACGAGAUACAACUUCCCAGAGGUGGCCACGCAGCCGCCGAGCGGCAGGCAGGGGAGCGAAUGGUUCCCGCGAGCGGCCGCUGGUCAGCCGACCAGCGCCUCGUGCCCCGUUCUCGAAGAUACGCGUCAUAUCGAUGAGCAGCUGAGUGUCUGCCGCACCGUUCAGCACAGCCUCUGCGAUCGCGCGGUGGCCUUUCACGGCCACGUGAUCGACGUCUCCUCGCCACAGCCGCUCAAGCGCGGCGCCAAGCGCUUGGCUUGCCCCGACGUGUCCACCAUGGACGAGGAGGAGCGCGAUAGGGCCAUGCAGGCGAUGAAGGAGAGUAUCAUCGAGCGCGGGAGGGAGGCCCACGGCUCGAGAAUCGACCUGUUGUCCCCAGCGCGCCCGCCAGCCGCCGACGUCUCCUCGCAGGAUAUCGCCGCGGCGAUGGCCGAAGGCGCGGCCGCCGCUUCAGGCGACGAGCGGUCCUUCCCGCAAGUGGGCGAGGGUUCGGCCUCUGACUGA